GUCAACAACAAGCACCAAGGUCAAGCUACAUGCAGCCGCACGUCCAGGCAGCGACACUGGCCUUGCAGGAGAGCCGAGCGACUGCUUCCGAAGAAAGUAAUGCCACCGAUCUGCGUAUAUUGUACAAGUCCCUGCGCAAUCCGUCUAGCAACCUCCGUGUGAACAAAUGGGACGCUCUGAUUCUAGACUCGGAGAUUCUCGGGCUGCUCAAGACGCCCAUGAAGAGCAUGUUCAGCAUGUUCGAUCCCGGUGUUGUGGAACACGUCAAGCCGGAGAUUGACGCGGUACUGGGGGCUGUGCUGUUUGCAUUCACUACCGGUGUCGGAAGGCCGACACCCGGCAUGAAACUCGAAAAACUCCGAUACGCUCCCCAUUUGCUUACUCGGCGUCGUGUGGGUGUUUUCUUCUUGCUGUCAGUGGGAGUACCGUACGCCUGGAAACGCCUCGUUCGAUAUCUAUCGUCUUCGCGAUGGACUGCUCGAGCUGCUUCACGUGGCGACAGGUCUGAUGGUGAAGUGACUUCUCGUGAGCGUAUACUAGCGGUGAUGAAGAAGCUUGAGACGCUUGUAAUUACGUGUCAGUUCGUCAACCUGCUCAUUUUCUUGCGCAAGGGAACUUAUCGCUCGCUCCCCGAGAGAUGUCUGGGAAUGAAAAUGGAAAGCAUCACGCCGUCGACAGCUCCACGGUCGAUUAACUUUGAGUACAUGACUCGACAGUUGUUGUGGGAGGGCUUGAUGGAGUUCGGCAACUUUGCGUUGCCCUUCUUGACCUGGAGUAGCUCGCGUACAAGCGCAGCGUUUCAAGGAAGAUUGUCCGUUGCGGAUGCUCGUUUAUCCCAGUGCUGCCUGUGUGGUAUUUCACCUCCACAGACGCCAUACAUCACGUCGUGCAAGCACGUCUACUGCUACUACUGCCUGCAAACUGCAGUUGCCACGGAAGACGAUUUCGCGUGUGUUGCAUGCGGAGUGAGGUUCGAUUCGUCACAACGACUUCGCCUAUAG